AUGAGAUCAACAAUCUCAAAAACUACUACCACUACAUCUACUAUAGCAUCAAGAAAAAUGGCAACUGAAUCUUUUGUUAAAGAUGGUUCAGAUUUAGUAUCAAUUACUUUACCAGAAUCAUCAUUUGAAGGUUAUAAUUUAGAAAUUCCACCAUUAGAAUUUGAAACUGAAAAAGAAACUUUAUUAAAAAUGUAUAAAGAUAUGAUAAUUGUUAGAAGAAUGGAAAUGGCAGCCGAUGCAUUAUAUAAAGCUAAAAAAAUUAGAGGAUUUUGUCAUUUAUCAGUUGGUCAAGAAGCAAUUGCUGUUGGUAUUGAAAAUGCUAUAGAUAAAAAAGAUACUGUUAUAACAUCAUAUAGAUGUCAUGGUUUCGCAUUUAUGAGAGGAGCUUCAGUUAAAUCAGUAUUAGCUGAAUUAAUGGGUAGAAGAUCAGGUAUUUCAUAUGGUAAAGGUGGAUCAAUGCAUAUGUUUGCACCUGGAUUUUAUGGAGGUAAUGGUAUUGUUGGUGCUCAAGUCCCAUUAGGAGCAGGUUUAGCAUUUUCUCAUAAAUAUAAGGGUGAAAAAGCUGUAUGUUUUGAUUUAUAUGGUGAUGGUGCUUCUAAUCAAGGUCAAGUUUUUGAAGCUUAUAAUAUGGCAAAAUUAUGGAAUUUACCUUGUAUCUUUGCUUGUGAAAAUAAUAAAUAUGGUAUGGGUACUGCAGCUGCAAGAAGUUCAGCAAUGACUGAAUAUUAUAAGAGAGGUCAAUAUAUUCCAGGUUUAAAAAUUAAUGGUAUGGAUGUUUUAGCAACUUAUCAAGGUUCUAAAUUUGCAAAAGAUUGGGCUGCUCAAGGUAAUGGACCAUUAGUAUUAGAAUAUGAAACUUAUAGAUAUGGUGGUCAUUCAAUGUCUGAUCCAGGUACUACAUAUAGAACAAGAGAAGAAGUUCAACAUAUGAGAUCAAGAAAUGAUCCAAUUGCAGGAUUAAAAGCUGUUUUAUUGGAAAAAAAUAUUGCGACUGAAGAUGAAAUUAAAUCUUAUGAUAAAGCAGCAAGAAAAUAUGUUGAUGAACAAGUUGCUGCAGCAGAAGCUGAUCCUCCACCAGAAGCUAAAAUGGAUAUUUUAUUCGAAGAUGUUUAUGUACCAGGUAGUGAAGUUCCUGUAUUAAGAGGUAGAAUUUCUGAUGAUUCAUGGGAUUUUGAAAAGAAGAACUUUUUAAAUAAAGUUUACUAA